UUAACGAUUCAUCAAAAAUAUCUCGUGCAUCACCACAACCCAAACCAGCCAAUGAUAGCAAAACAUGUAGUUCCAAAGACUACAAACAAGCAGAAUACAAAUAUUACCUUCCUUAUGUCGUCAGUUAUGUUGUAAUAGGAGUUGGUGCAAUUUUCUGGUACUAUUUAUAUGAGUUAGCUUGUCGUAUCGUAAUGAGGCCGCCACAGAAUAAUGAGAUACCAUUAGAAGCCACCAUGACUAGUAGUAGUUUAAAAGAAAAUUUAUAA